GUGAUAUCCACUUCCAUUUUUAAGUCGGAGAGGAAACAAAUCCUAUGAAAUGAGUGCUUGGCAGCUUGCCACUAUCAUCUCUCUAAAUUUUUCCCUGGCGACUUCCGUUGAAUAUCCUUCCUUACUCUAACAAUAAAAAUGUCUAAUCCAAACCCAAAUUCCCAUAACCCGACCCAGAUACUUCACCCGCAUCAAGAUCCAAAUAGCAACACCGCCGACCCUCAAGUUCCGCUUCGGAACCUAUCCUUGGUUCGAACCAGAAUCGAUUCUCUACGAACCUUCCUAUCUCAAUCCAUCAACACAAACACUCCUAUCACCAACGAUCAAAUAACCGUCGUCUCCAACCAGAUCGUCUCCGCCAUCCACCACACCAUAGUCAACGCCGCCGCCCUCGUUUCUUACUCUCAAAAUCUCACCGUUCCCGGAUCCUCAAUCUUCCCACCGCCCUCCUCCAAGCUCGAUUCAAAGAUCGAACCAGCUAAAGAUGAAGUUGACGACUGCGACGACUACCUCAUCGACGACGAUUGCGAAAUCGUGGAACUCGACGCUGUCGAAUUACUAGCUGAACAUCUCCAUUUCUGCGAGAUUUGCGGGAAAGGAUUCAAACGCGAUGCGAAUCUCCGGAUGCAUAUGAGAGCACACGGGAACAAAUUCAAGACGCCGGAAGCAUUAGCGAAGCCUUUAAACGACGGAACACAGGGUCGUCGUCGUUCGACGCUAUUCUCUUGUCCGUUUGAAGGAUGUAACAGAAACAAGAAGCAUAAGAAAUUCAAGGCUUUAAAAUCGGUUAUUUGUGUUAAGAAUCAUUUCAAGAGAAGUCAUUGUCCGAAAAUGUAUUCGUGUAACCGUUGUAAUAAGAAGAAAUAUUCAGUGGUUUCGGAUUUGAAGAGUCAUAUGAAACAGUGUGGUGAUGAGUGUAAGUGGAAAUGUUGUUGUGGGACAACGUUUUCUAGGAAGGAUAAGUUGUUUGGACAUGUUGCUUUGUUUGAGGGUCAUAUGCCUGCUGUUGUUUUGGAAGAAUGUGAGGAGAAAGGGAAACAAGUUAUGGUAGUGGAAGAGAUUGAAGAUUCUAUUGUGGAGAAAGAGAAAAGUGAUUUGGGUAUGGAUGAAGAAUUUUUUGAUGAUUUUGGGUGUAUUGAUAACUAUUGUUUGGAGGAAGUUUUGGGAUUUCAUGGUAGCUAGUUAGUUAGUUUUGUAUUUCAUCACUAGUUUAAUCUGGUUCGGGAGUCACUUCUAGCAUCAAGCCCAAGUCGUUCCAGUUGCCUCCGAUUAUAGUUGCGGAGGAUCAAAUCGUAGGCGUCAAUCACCACUGAACCAACCAGUUAGUUAGUUAGUUUCACAACAUAUAAUGAUUUCUUGUGGGUUUUUGUAAGCAAUUAUUUUCACAUCAGAUUCAGAUAUUGCACAAUAUGGAUAUUUGUUCUAUUAUUCCAUUAGUAGAUUUGUAUCAUAUGAUGUAGUCUAUUGUAGUGUGAUUUUGGUUGUACCAUCUCCAGUUUUAUCACUUUGCCAAUUCAUAGCUUGCACAUUAUCAUAC